UUCAUGAAUCAAUGUGCAACCCAUAACCUCGAAACUUGUACUGAUUUACGUAACAGAUACCACUAUACAAGAACUGGGUGUAGUUGCAGUUCUGUGAUCAUACAGUUUUGUUAAUAACAGUGAAAGUACACUUGUAAUAUGUCUGCAGAGGAUGAAGUUAAUGGAAAUAAAAUUUUGGCUGAAUCACUUCUUGCACAGGGUGUGAAAUAUGUGUUUGGUAUCGUGGGUAUCCCUGUGAUAGAGCUGAGCUUGGCAAUGCAACAGGCUGGACUACACUUUGUGGGAAUGAGAAAUGAACAAGCAGCCUGCUAUGCUGCACAGACUAUUGGUUACCUCACUAAACGUCCUGGUGUAUGCCUUGUGGUGUCCGGUCCUGGACUUCUCCAUGCACUUGGAGGCAUGGCCAAUGCUCAGAUAAACUGUUGGCCUCUUCUUGUGAUUGGUGGUUCAUGUGCACAAGAUCAUGAAGGCAUAGGAGGCUUCCAAGAAUGUUCUCAAGUGGAUCUCGCCAGACCAUAUUGUAAAUACAGUGCUCGACCUCCAGGGCCAACACUCAUCCCUACACAUGUUGAAAAGGCUGUUCGACUGUCGAUAUAUGGAAGGCCAGGUGUGUCAUACUUAGAUUUCCCAGGAAAUCUGUUGGCUCAACAAGUGGCUAGUAGCAAAGUAGUCUACACUGCCAUCUGUCCUGAUCCACCACUAGCAUGGCCAGAUCCUGCACUGGUCAGGCAAGCUGCCAACCUCAUAAUGACUGCCAAAAGACCUCUUGUGAUUGUUGGAAAAGGAGCAGCAUAUGCAGGAGCAGAGGGUGUAGUGCGUGAUUUAGUGCGAACAUUUAACCUUCCAUUUUUGCCAACACCUAUGGGGAAAGGAGUUGUGGAUGAUAAUGACAUAUACUGUGUCUCAGCUGCACGUACCACAGCACUACAACAUGCAGAUACAAUCCUCCUGUUAGGUGCUCGCCUUAAUUGGAUUUUGCAUUUUGGACGACCACCCAGAUUUGACCCAAAUGUCAAAAUUAUUCAGGUGGACAUUUGUGCUGAAGAGUUACACAACAGCAUUCCAGCCAAAGUGGCAAUCCACGCUGACAUAGGCAUCUUUACUCGUCAACUCGUACUACGGCUAGCUUCACAAGCAUGGGGUUUCCUUUCUGUAAGUGCAUGGUGGGGCCAGCUUAAUUCAAAGAUUGACAAAAACAAAGCCAACAUCAUGAAAAUGAUACAAGAUACAAGAAAACCACUCAAUUAUUACACCACACUCCAUUAUAUUCAGGAAACCAUACCAAAAGACUGUAUUAUAGUUAGUGAAGGAGCUAACACAAUGGACAUCGGACGCUCAAUAUUACUCAACAGGCUGCCAAAACACAGACUUGAUGCUGGAACAUUUGGCACUAUGGGUGUUGGGCCAGGUUUUGCAAUUGCUGCUGCACUAUGGUGUCAAGUUUAUGCACCCGGCAAGAGAGUGAUAUGUGUAGAGGGUGAUUCAGCCUUUGGAUUUUCAGGCAUGGAGGUAGAAACUAUGUUCAGGUACAAACUGCCUAUAAUAAUCAUUAUUGUCAACAACAAUGGAAUCUACGGUGGCUGUGAUGAAGAAACAUUCCAAAGCAUCCGAGAGGAAGGAGAAGUAACUAAAGUGACACCACCAACAUCACUGUCAACAAAUGUCCACUAUGAGCGCAUGAUGGACAUGUUCAACAUCAAGGGGCACUUUUGUAUAGACAUUCCUCAACUGCAAGAUGCACUUGAGCAAAGUCUGCAGGUGAAAGAUGCACCUACUAUCAUCAAUGUGAUGAUCAACCCAUCAGCUGAUCGCAUGCCACAGGACUUCGCUUGGCUCACCGAGUCCAAACUCUGAAAAUCAACUAUAAUCACAAAUAAUUCAGUAUAAUUUUUUAUUGAGUAAAAGAAUUAUAAACCACACAUAAGGAAUAAUUACUAAAGGAUAAAUAAAGAACAUUCUCUCAAGUACAAAAAAUAUAAAGAAAUUAAACAUGUAAUAUGGGGCCAAAAAACUGUAUUUAGUAGGAAGGAAUGGCAAAAUACUUCAUCAAGAUAUCAGUGGUGUAAAACAUUUCAAAAUGAAGUGUGUAUAAAAGAAUUUGAAAGCUUCUGUGGGUAAGAAAAUAUAGACUCAUACUGAAAUUCCUUCAGGUAAGUGGAUAAAUAUGGAGAAAUAUAUUUGCAGUUCAAUGAAUUUUUUCUCAAGAACCAGAUGCUUAUUGGAAUGCACCAUGUCCACCCCUAAUUUUAACUCUCUCACAUAAUUAACAUUUUUCAAUGCAUUUUCAGUUUCUGCACAAAUUUUCCAUGUUUAUUCUAAAAUGCUCAGUAACAUAAAAUAUUCCUCUCCUUAAGUAUUUUCUUCGUGAGUUUACAUGUUCAUUAAUUAUCAAAUAAAAGAAAUGCAAGUUACAAGUGAGUAAAUAUGAUCCAUAAAAUAGAUGUACAUUUAUGAAGGUGAAACAUUAAUAUUACUCUUUGUUUUUAUAUAUGACCGGUCUGUAUUUUCAUGUUCAUGAUAAAUGUAUGUAAAUUAAAUAAUAACAUUUUAAUUUUGGAGUAAUGACUUAUGUAAAAAAAUACACCCUAAUCAUCAAAACUUAAAUUAGAUACUAAAUGCAAGAAGAAAUCAAUCUGAUGACACUACCUGAAAGUCAUAUGUAGGUCUACAUUCCUUUGUUUAAAGACCAGGCAUGGAAAAAACAAAAUAGUUGUACAGCAUUAAGUGUAAAGAAUUCCCACUUAUUUUGAAAAGCCUGUAAGAAAAUUAUUUAAUAGCUUGGCAAAGGUCUUAUCCUGUUAAAAAUUACUGAAAUCAUAACAGCAAUUAAUAAGAUUGGAAAGGUGUACUCUUUGAAGAACACUGAAAUUCUAAAGGUGUUCUUCGCGUCACAUCACAGGCUAUGACAUGAGCAAAGUAACUAAAGGAAUAAAAAAAUACAACAAUGAGAUCAAAUACAACAAUUGUAUCUGAGGUCACUGUUGAAAUGUAGUCACUUGACAGUAUAGGCCUUAGUUCACUUUUGCAAUUAUGUGCCUCAACAAUAACCUCAGUUCACACUGUUGCUCAAACAUGUGAGAGACAUGGAUGAGUCCAUAAAGCAUUCUUGGUUUAUUUAUUUAUUUACUAGUUCCAGAAAUCCAAUAGUGGAUAUAGAACACGUCACAAACUCAAGUAUAAAAGCAUAAAAUACAUACAUUAAAGAAUUACAUCUAGACAAGGAGCAUACUAAAUACAAAACAAUGUAACUUGUAUUUUUUAUUGUAAUAGUUAUCCAAUUAGGUACUCGUCCACAGUAUAAAACGAGUGAGUAAUUAAAAAAUGUCUCUGUCUAGUAUCAAUAGUAUGAGAGUCAAUGUUUGAUGGAAAAAGAGUUUUGUUUUGUAAUACAAACAAUGAUAAAGAAAAUAUAUAUUGUGAUGCCAACGGUAA